AUGGAGGAAGAAGAGACACCUAUCCAUCAAAGCAUUGCCAAAGGGCUACAAAAAGAUGUGGAAAAACACAAUCUAAUCCCAAAAGUUAUGCAACCUUUACCCAAAAUAUCUCCUCCAUUUACCCAACGUCUCAACAAGAAGAAUGAGGAUGGGAAGUUCAAGAAGUUUUUAUCGGUGUUCAAGACAUUAUCAAUUAAUAUCCCUCUAGUGGAAGCAUUAUUGGAAAUGCCGGGUUAUGCUAAGUUUAUGAAGGAGUUAGUCACAAAGAAAAGGAGCUUGGAUUUUGAGACAAUUGAAGUUUCUCAUAGUUGUAGUGCAAUUAUGAGUAAGCAUUUGAUCAAAAAGAGAGAAGACCCCGGAGCGUUCACCAUUCCUUGCACCAUCGGCAUGCUCCAAUUUGCUAAAGCCCUAUGCGACUUGGGAGCAAGCAUCAACCUAAUGCCAUAUGUGGGGAUACUAUAUGACAUUUUGGUAAAGGUUGACCGAUUCAUUUUCCUGGCUGAUUUUGUCAUUCUCGAUUGUGAAAUAGAUGCUGAAAUUCCCAUCAUUUUGGGAAGACCAUUCUUGGCAACCGGGAGAGCGUUAAUGGAUGUUGAAAGUGGAGAACUGAAGUUUUGGGUGAAUGAAGAUGAAGUAACCUUUAAUGUUUUUAAGUUAAUGAAACAAUAA